CCCAUGGAAUCUUAUAGUAAUACUCUAAAGGCAUGCAGCACUGAUUUGGUACCCUUAUGUUGCAUGUGCUCACUUUUAUGAUUGGCUAAUUUUUUCAUUUUUCAUCUGAUGCUCGCGGGAAUAUGCUGUUUUAUUCUACCGUUUAAUCUCUGAAUAGUGCGUCCUACAUACCGAGCUUCAAAUCGGCACGAAAAUUCAUAAGCAGCUAAACGUUUUAUUGGUAGGAAUGCAAUCCUUUUGAACAGACGGAAGCAUGACCUUAGUGCUAUAACCCACACGAUGCUUCACAGUGGAAACUGACCGGAUGAAGGUCCGCGAAAAACAAUAGAAGCUCUUAUGACACACCCAAGCCACGCCCACUUUCUAUUGUUUUGUGAGGAACGUUUGCUUUCUGGGAUGUUUUUGUCUGGAGGAAGGUUGACAAUUGGACUCUGGAAGCAAUCUGCUCUUAAACGCUCUCGACAAUACUACGCUCAAAAUAUAUUUUGAUUUGUGGGAACGCGGGAUCACCCUGUUAAUUAAAGAGACACCAACGCAAAAUUUCGACCCCCAAAAAUUGCAAUAAGAUUUCGGUCAUAUAAAGUGGGGACAAAAGUUCUACCAAAAAAUAGUUUUACAUGCUUUGUAUGACAUACAUGUUGCGAGAAACAAGCGAGAGGAACUAGUACGAUUGAAUUUUUGGUAACCUAGUAUUUUUACGGCCUAGUACUUUAUAAUACCUUGGUUCAUGGCAUUUGCGUCCGGGCAUCGAAUCUGCCAUAAAGGCUGGUGUGUCUGGUGUGGCUAGUAUUUGUUUCUAGGAAUCGUUUCCUUUAACUUCUGCCAUUCCGUACAUUUAUUAAUUCGAAGAUAACGCUUUUGCAAAGCUAAAGAAUUCUAAAGUGAUGACGUCAUAAAAAUCUAUUUUUAGAAUUUUUGAAUUUGGAUCCCAUAGCCUGAAAGAGCAUCUCAAAAUACCUCUAAAAAUGCACAAUCCGUCUAAUGUGUUACGAAUUGGCUGAGAUAUGGCCACAUGUGUAUUGACUCUUUUCCAAUCGAACCUCUGUAUUUUGGUCUCUGUUCAUGACUUUAUGAACAGAGCGAAAAUAACAGUGAUUCGUUAGCAAACUUCAAAUCUUUCAUUGACAAUAUCUCAACUGGUUUUGGACAUAUUUGACUAAUUUUGCAUAUCUGGAAUUAUUUUAUGGUGAUCUUUUAUGCUACGUGGUUAAAAUUCAAAAAUUCUGACGUCACACUUUAGAACUCUAUGGGCCAACAAAGCACACUGUGACGUCAAAUUUGCUCCAAUUCAGAAGAACUUUUCCAAAUAAGCAAUCUUCCAACUUCUGCCAUAGGACGCAAUGCCAGUUAGCGUUGCCAACAGCAACAAUAAUCAAUUAAUGUCUGUGUUUUGCUGCUAGCCAUUCUGCCGUUUUCAUUUUCUUUAGAGCUAAUUUCUGCGUUUCGAAAAUUUAACCAACAUUAUCGCCUUAAUGAUGAAUUUAUUUGCGUGCAAUCGCUGCUAUACGCGGUUUUGUUGAUUUGUUGAUUUGUGAAGACACCUGCCAAAGCAGAAAGGUCACUUCUUAAUUUCUUGCAAAUAACCACCAUUUUUAAUUUCAAACAAUUUCCGCGCAAACUGUGUUGCUUUGUUGUGAAGGAUUAUGGAUUCUCGACUCAGAAAUUUGUAUUUAAUUUCUGAUGGUUGCUUUUGAAAGUAGAGUGCUUUAAUUUGGGUAUAACGAGUGUUUCAGUAAUGCUAGACCGCUGAGUGUAAUCAAAUAUUCAUGCCAUCUGAGUAAGUCUCUUCAUAUUUUGAAAUAUAGAAGGCAAUGGUUUUGCCUAUAAAUCUCCUGAUAAUUUACAUAAUAAUUUGGAAAUUGCUGAUGAGAACCCAGUGGUCAGUUCUUUAAUAUGUUGUGUCUGCUUGUUCAGUCUGUCCCUAAAUUUUGCUAAGUCACCUUCACAACGCGGGAACAAAACACACACAUAUUGGCAACAGAAAGACAAUCACAUAUUGUUUUUAUACCAGCCGGUAAUGCGCCUUCGCAGUGAUCUUUUUAUUUAGCAUUUGGUUUCUAUUCUCACAUAAAUCUGCUUCACACUUGUUCAUAAAAAAACAAAUUGUUGGAUUUCAAUAGACGGAGAAUCUCGAAUGGUCAUGGUUAUGCCGAUUAAAGACGAUUAACCCUGCCUUGAUAACUUCUAUUGCACGGCUUUAUGUUAUAACAAUAGUUUUGCUUUAAGGCGUUUGUCAAUGAUUAAGAAUUGCCAUCAUUCAAUUCAACUGAUCAUGAUCUGAUCACUUCAAGACAACGUGUGCUGCAUGUAUUCGAAUAUGUUGAUGAUCAAGCCGAGAAAAUUUCAGACUAAGUCGUUUCACCAUCUGGCAACAGCUGGCAAUCCUGUUUAAAAGGGAAAUGGACAGAGGCUAGGACGUUUUACAAAACUAAAGAAAUCUGCGACAAUCAGGAGAACAAGAUGGAUACCAUCAGCUAUGUUUCUCUGUCGGUGUUCUAUGGCUUGACGAUAAUCAUAGGCUGUGUUUUGAAUUUUGUCAUUCUAAUAAGAAUCAUGUCAAAGAAGAGCUUUCGCAUCAAACAUGCCAACUUGUUUCUUGUUUCACUUUGUCUGUCCGAUAUGUUUACAUGUGCAUACAGCAUCACAUAUCAUCUGGUCCACCUGCAUCCGGCGAUCUACAGCAGCUACUUAUCAACAACCUACUGCAGAGUGACCCAGUACUUCGUAUAUGCAUUAGCAUUUGUAUCAACGCUGAGUCUGACAGCUGUUUGUAUUGAGCGCUAUCUAGCGAUCACAAAACCGUUUUUUUAUGCAAGUAGUAAAAUGGCAACUUUAUGUUAUAUAAUGUUGUUGUUACCAUGGAUACACUCCUUCGUAACAUCCAUCCCUGUCUUGGUGCUGCCAGUUGUCAGCAUUACCAACUACACUGGCUUUCCAUGUGGGUUUGUCUCAACCUGGGAAGCCCAGCAAAUUUACAUGGUACUUGUGCCCAUGAAUAUUUUGUUACCUUUCAUCUGCAUCGUUUUCUCGUGUAUUGCCGUGUUUAAUGUCGCACGCAAACAGUUGCAUUCUAUAAAGGCGCUAACUCCUUCAGCACUGAACCAAACAACAAAGGAAGCUAUGGCUGAAAGCCACACCAGCGACAGUGUAGAUAUCGUUAGAUUGAAAACAAACGCGGAGAGAGACAGAGCAAAUCGCAAGAACGUCACUAAACGAUUUGAUAAGGGGAAUUUCCGGGAAGAGACACGCAUAGCAUUCGCUACCCUGGCAGUUGCAAUUGGUGUUCUCUUUGCUUGGAUGCCUUACCUUGUAACACGAUUGUUGUAUUUGAUAGGCAUUGAGCUUGACGACUCUUUACACUUAUUUGGCACUGCUUUCACACUUGCAAACUCAGCUUGGAACCCAAUCCUCUUGUUAGCCGUUCGAAAAGACCUUAGAAAGUCGGUUUUAUCUUUGUUCAGAAAGUCACAAAUUUAAACCAAAGCAUAGACAUCAUUGAAAAAUUAAACAAGCAAGAUUAGAAAGUUAUGCUGAAGAUAGAUAGGUGAACGGUAAUGCUGGACAUCUUACUGUAUCUUGACUAUAUUCUACUCACAGAAUAUUACGCGAUCCAUCGUUGUUUCGACCUUCCUCUGCAUUUCCAGCUAACUGCCAACUUCAGACGUUCAAUUAACCACAAUCCUGUAUCAUUUCGGAAGGUUUUAGUGUUUAAUGUUUGUUUGGCUAAAGUUAUAAUGUGCUUGAAUUUGAGCAAGACAAAAAGAUUCGCUUGCUUGAAGCAAUGUACGAAAACAAAAAUUGCCUUUGACAUGGUCUUGUGACGGAUUUUGGCAAAUCUCGCGGGUCUGAUCGUUUUAUUUACAAAGACCCAGGGCUUUUUUGGCUUCAACCUCCGUUGAACGCUUUAAAUGUUCAGUGAUGCUCGGUAAUAUUCAGCGAUGUCCAGCGAUGUCCAGCAAUGUUCAGCAAUGUUCAGCAAAGUUUGAACAUGUUCAAUGGCUCGACACGAUACUCUAUAUUUGGAAACCAUUUGUACCUGGGUACUUUCUAAUCCUUUUUCAAUGUCCAAAUUUUAAAACCUUCUGUUUUCAUUUACGUACUUUGAAUUUGUUGAAAAUUUUUCCAUGUUAGUUUAAGUACCGUGUUUUUUAUGUAAUAUUGAACUUUUUAUUUUGAGAAAGUUGUUAUGGUAAAGUUUAAUGUUGAAGACAAUAACAGUAUUUUUUUGCAAAA